CGCAGGCACCGCCAGAUGACGCUGUGCUCGAGUUAGCAGAGGUACAUUGCUUUCCCGUGAGCCGCCUUAGGUAAGAGACGUACCGAGUCUAGAGCUACCUUACCUACCGCCGCUCAACUUCACUUUCUUCAUGCCAUUGAUUCAUUGCGUUUCAGCUCCAACUUCCAGGCUCUUCUUUUUCAUUCCCACCCAUCUCCCAGCUGUUCUCUUCUUAUAGGACCCCCCCUUCUCUACUAACCCGAGAAUACUCAACCUCCAAAGGCACCAAAAGAGAGCACUAAACACCCCACCAUAGUCCAUCAUAGCGACAGCUCUUUAGAUAUCUUGCACCAUGUUGCUGCGACUCCGCGGCCCCGACGGCAUGGCCCGUCUGAAUGUCGAACCCACAACUACCUUUGGAGACCUGGGAAAGCUGCUGCUCGAUCAACUACCCAAGACCGUUGAUCCCAAAUCCAUAGCUCUAUCGAACGCACCCAACGGAGGAGACUCGAAGCGCCUAGGGGACAUCAUCAACUUCAAAGUUGGUCAGAUUGGCCUCAAGUUGGUCGCCCUCAUGGCCUCUCACGGAUCAGCAAAGCUAACCCCAUACAUAGGCACGGCGAUCUCAUCUUUCUCACCUACCAACAUGCCGACGCUGCCAACGGCGACGCACCCGAAAUCUCUAACACAUCUGCCAGGCUUAACGGAAAACCCGUCCUACCGACCGAAGACCUUCCCAUCAACCCCAAACCCGAAAGGAUCGCCAGGCCGUGGGAAGUAAUCCGCCAAUCCGCCUUGGACGACCGGUUAGACCGACUGGAUGGCAAGAUCCCUCGAGGCAUAGAUCGCAUGUGUCGCCAUGGUCCCAAGGGCAUGUGUGACUACUGCCAACCCCUCGAUCCUUUCAACCCUGGAUACCUUGCGGAGAAGAAGAUCAAGUACCUGUCCUUCCACUCAUACCUACGAAAGAUCAAUGCUGCGACCAACAAACCCGAGCUAGGCGCUUCAUACAUUCCUCCCCUGGUUGAGCCCUACUAUCGAGUCAGGCAUGAGUGCCCUUCUGGCCAUCCCCCUUGGCCUGAGGGUAUCUGUACCAAGUGCCAGCCCAGUGCCAUUACUCUCCAGCCUCAACAGUUCCGAAUGGUCGAUCAUGUCGAGUUCUCUUCGCCUGCCAUCAUCGACACCUUUAUUGACACCUGGCGAAAGACCGGGUCACAACGUCUAGGUUAUCUCUACGGAAAAUACACCGAGUACACUGAAGUCCCGCUUGGUGUCAAGGCUGUCGUGGAAGCCAUCUAUGAGCCUCCUCAGGUUGAUGAGCUCGAUGGUAUCACAAUGAACGCCUGGGAGUCGCAAAAGGAGGUCGACAGGGUCGCCAAGCAGUGCGGCCUGGAGCCCGUGGGAGUGAUCUGGACUGACCUGCUGGAUGCUGGCAACGGCGAUGGCACAGUGGUUUGCAAACGUCACGCCGACUCCUACUUCUUGUCCUCCCUCGAGAUUUGCUUCUCUUCGAGGUUGCAAGCUCAGUACCCCAAACCCUCCAAGUGGAGUGACACAGGCAUCUUUGGUUCGAAUUUUGUCACAUGUAUCAUCACCGGUAACGAGCAGGGCGAGAUUUCUAUCUCCUCCUACCAGAUGUCCAACGAGUCUGUGGAAAUGGUUCGUGCUGACAUUGUUGAGCCGUCAGCUGACCCUAACGUCAUGCUUGUACGCGAUGAGGAGGAAGACGACGGGUCUGUCAGUCGCACAAGAUACAUUCCCGAAGUUUUCUACCGCAGGGUCAACGAAUACGGCGCCAACGUCCAGGAGAAUGCCAAACCAUCGUUUCCCGUCGAGUAUCUGUUUGUCACACUGACCCACGGUUUCCCCGCGGACCCUAAGCCUAUGUUCACUCAGCAAGGCUUCCCUAUCGAGAAUAGAGAAUACGUCGGAGAGAGUCAAGAGCAUUCCGCUCUGUCCAAGUUUGUCAAGUCAUCACCUGGCCAGAAGCCCACGGGCCAGGAGGUCUCCAACUUUCACCUUCUCUGCUUUAUUCACCAGAUGGGCGUCCUCUCCAAGGACGAAGAAGCCCUGCUCUGCCGUGUAGCGAGCCAGCACGAUCUUGCCGAUACAUUCCAGCUCCGUUCUACCGAGGGUUGGCAGACCCUCCAGGCCAUCCUUCAAUCGACUGGUGAGAGAAUCCCCAAGCGUCAGCGGGAGGAGGACGGUGCCCCCUCGCCCUCUUCCUCCUCAUCCUCUUCUUUUCAAAAUUCCAUUCGCGACUCGGGAGAACCCCUUGCUAAGCGAUUUGCUGCCUUCAGGCUGAACGAGCGCUGGACCAAGUCCGCCAAUCCACCGCCGCCCUAGUCAAGAAAGAGGUAUUGGGUACAACGGAAGAAUAGUAGGAGGGGGGGUCAGAUAGAGGUUUAGAUGAGACGAGACAUGGAACCCAAAAAGUGGUGAGGCUGGAUUCGGUUUUCUUGCUAGAUAUUUUCUGAACUUCCUUCAUGUGGAAGAUGAUGUUGCAUGUAUAGCUGGGGCGGCGUUAAGGACAGGUAUCGGAGCAUAUAGACAAUGCUUUCAUUGGGGCGGCUUCCUUAACUUAUAUCAAAAGAAUUGCGCAUGCUUACAUGUGCUUUGACGUGAUAUUACUAGAUGGUGUCCUUUAUGUUAGCGCUUCAAGAGUAUAAAGAGCGAGGUUGUGAUCACAGCCAGGCUAAGAGUUUGGGUGAACUUUUUGGGGUAGAUCGAUCAUUCCUAAUCAUCAUGUCCAACGCAAUUUGUCAAAUCAUGAUCAUGGUGUUAAAUCGAUUCCAGCCAAGGGGAUCGUAACUCGAGAAAAUGGUUAUCAUGGUCUAAAACUUCACAAAUAUCUCAGUCAGAAGAGACAUGUUUAAUUUAUGAUG